AUGAAUUACAGUGCAAUACUCAUACCACUGGACUGCUGAAGUUUCAGUAACAUCUGCAAACGCCGCAGCCAGUGUUACUGGUGACUUUAUUAUCCAAUUUGCAACUGUUAUCAUGAUCUGCCUUAGUUUCAGUCGCGAUCGAGCGAAGAAAGUCGCCGUUCGAGCAGACUUUUUCCUCCAACAUGAAGAACAACGAAAUACAAUCUCAUCACGGUAGUCUGCACACUUUACUACAGUCAUUUGAUAACCGCAGUCACAGCCUCUCAAUAAUCACCUCUUCUCUAAAAUCCCCUGUAAACCGAUCGUAUGUGAGCAUCAGGUGUUGAAUUUGACUCCGUGACCUUGAAAUUGCUCAAACGCUUCUGAUUUGCUCGUCCAUAAAUUAAAGUUUCGCCGAAUAUCCACUAGAAAUUUAGAACUCUCAUAUUUCAAGGAAAUGUUCAUUAGAUUCGCUAUUAUUUGAUUUUACUAAAACAGCUCUCUGUAAUGGAUAUGAAAUGCUCUAGACAUGAACAAAUGCUAAAUAUUAUAAGUGGAGAAAACGUAAAUAUUGAAGAACUUAAAAGAUUGUCUAUUGACGGUUGUCCCGAUUCUAAUGGGAUCCGUUCUAGAGUUUGGAAGUUCCUCUUAAAUUAUCUUCCUUAUAAUGUCGAAAAACGACAAGAACGGAUCACUUUUAACAGAAGGCAAUAUGAAGGUUAUGUAAAGGAAUUUGUAUUUGAGUCUUGUGUGGCAGAUGCUAUGCCUGCUGAUCAUCCACUGAAUUUAGAACCAGAUGGAAAUUGGAUCGCGUUUUUUCGCGAUAAUGAAAUUUUACUCCAGAUUAAUAAAGACUGUCAGAGACUGUGUCCAGAUUUUGAUUUCUUUCGUCGUCCCACAGAGUAUUCUUGUCUAUCAUUAUUUGGAAAGGAAGUACCUGUUGGGGUGUUACGGAGAAGAGGGGAAACCUCUGCACUUCAGUCCCGUUCAUUGAAUAAAAAUCUUGCCGGUGUUACAAAUAUAAUUCAUCUACCUACCUACGCUCCUUUCCAACCAAGCCAUCGAUUAUCUUCUGGUUUAGUAACACAAUCACAAAGAAGUAUGAUAAACCGUAAAAGCGAUUGGAAUUCGACCUCACCGCAUCAGGAACCACAUUGGGAAGUGAUUGAAAGAAUUCUAUAUGUAUAUUAUAAAACUCAUGUGUCUCAGGGUUAUGUUCAAGGAAUGAAUGAAAUUAUUGCACCGAUAUACUAUGUUUUCGCCACUGACCCCGAUGAAUCCUGGAGAAAAUAUGCAGAAAUGGAUACAUUUUAUUGCUUCAAUAACCUUAUGACUGAAAUUCAUCCUAAUUUUCUACGAAAGUUAGAUGGUAGUCAUGAAGCUGGUCUAGGUGGGCAAAUGAAAAUUUUAUCGGACUUAUUAUCUAAAUUCGACAAUAAUCUAUCUAAACACUUUGAAAAAAUAGAACUUGUUCCGGAACAUUUUGCAUUUCGUUGGUUAAGCUUGUUGCUGGCACGAGAAUUCAUGCUUCCAGAUGUACUCCUAUUAUGGGAUACACUUUUCUCAGAUCCACACAGGUUCAACUUACUUCCAUAUGUUUGCUGUUCAAUGUUAAUUGGUAUUCGUGAUCAACUACUGAAAGCAGAUUUUCCUACGGCUGUUCAACUUGUUCAAAGGACAUUUUCAAUAGUUAAACUAUUGGGUUUUCAGUUUUCCGGCCGUUAAAUUAGGCCAAUAAUUAUUAAAUUAUAUGUGUUUAAGAAGAAUGAUAAACUAUUAUUGAACAUAUAUAACCUAGAUGUUAAUUCACAUUUAAGUUUACUUUAAGAGUAUUUUAAACGAAUUGUCAUUUAAAUAUUUUAAUUUAAUGCUUUUUUUGUAUCAUUUACACUAAGAAUUAUCCAUCAAAUGUCGAUGUAAUGCAUAUUCUUUUGAAAGCCAGAACGUUUUAUACAGAUCACCGGAUUUAAAUCCUUCUCUUUCUAACUGUCAAAUGAUUUUUGUUAUUGCCACCUAUUCUGAACAAGAAAUAAAAGUGUAAAUGUGCAUUUAAAAAAAAAAUGUGUGUACAUGUCCGCAUAUGUUCGUACCUACCUAUUCACGAGUUUUUCCCUCUCUCUCUCUCUCUUUCUCAUUUACUAAUUUCAAAUAAUUCUUUAUUUCUAAUGAACAUCAGUUAUUUGGUGAUUUAUUACAUAACAACUUUUCGAUAAUUUUUAUAAUGAAAAUUACUGUUAUUGUUAUAAUUUAUUUCAUAUCAAAUUUGUAAUAUGAUUUAUAAUUAAAUGACUUACAUUUUUUUGUCUCUUUUCUCCGCUUCAUAUUAUUUCUUAAUAAAGUGCUAACAUGAUUGAUUUGUAUUAAUGACUUUGUUGUAUUCUAUUCGGUUACUGUAUCUUCAUGAUAAUGUACUCAUGAUUUUUUCUCUUUAUUUCUAUCUGAUUAUUAAACUUUAAAUGAUUGUUUGAAUAUUGCGACAAAUUGUUCAAGACAGUUAUUGUUUUUCCUUCUGAUUUUCUAUUUUCACAAUGAAUUUUAAUUAUUAUUUUUUGAUUUGAAAACAAUGAAUUAAAUCCUCAUUUUGUAACAAUAUUGUUUAAAUAUAUAUGUGUGAUUUCAAA